CAUCAUCAACGCACGUUCUCUCGGACGUCGAUAGCAUAUAUAAAUGCCAAGCCAAACUUCCUCCAAUUUUCCAAGUUUUGGAAGCCGCAUUUCGCCAAAACGAUGAAAAUCAAGCGAGGUUAUGCAGAUCAAGGCUGAUGCAUUACAGAUUUAGGCUUUCCAUUAUAUCGGAUCCGAUGAUCACAUCCAAUGCCAGCAAAACGAUGGCCAAGAUAAACAAGACUCUAGAGAAAAUUGAACAUUUUCUAGGGAAUCUAGCUUCUGAGAAGGUGGAAGAAGAACUACCUGGAGAUCCAGAUACACUGCAAAGGCUGAAAAUCGCGCAGCUUCAAUCAAGCAUAAAAGACGCAUCACAGCAGCAACAACUAUUAGAACAGGAACUCCAACAACAGUUGUCUGAACAACUGCAGCAAAAUAAAGACGGUCAAAUUCCGGAAGGACAAUCAACACAGUACGAGCAACAAUAUCAACAGCAGAAUUUACAGCAACAGCAGGAGUUGAUAGGUCAACACCAACAGCAGCAGCAACGAUACCAGCAACUUAGACUCGAACAACAAAGACAAGAACAACAACACCAGCAGUUGGUUAACCAGAUGCAACAACAGCAACAGCAGUUAGAACAGCAGCUACACCAAGAGCAAGUUAGACGGCAGCAGAUUGAGUUGCAGUUACAGGAUCAACUAAAUCGACGAAUUCCAGUUUCGGGGUUUCAGAACAACUCAAUCUCAGGAUAUUGGGAUCCACAGCUCCACCAAGAAUCAGGAAUACUUCAUCAGAUACCAGGGUUGGACCAUAUUCCCCCUCACUUACGUGAUGAUUUCCUGCGGUUCUUAAGAUCUCAAAACAGACCUAGUACACCUAGAACACCAAAUCCACAACCAACCGCAAACAGGUUCACGCAGCCAGUACACAAAUGGCCAUUUGAAUACGCUGGACAGCCCAACAUCAUACAGCUAGGUGAAUUUCUGAAUCAAGUGAAUACCUAUGCAGACACAGAAGGAAUGGACGAGCAAACUCUGUUACGGUCCAUCAAACAUUUGCUAAAAGGGCGAGCACUUCAAUGGUAUACUCGUGCUUACCUUAGCCUUUCAACUUGGGAAAUCUUCAAGGCCGAGAUCAAACAGGAGUUUUUGCCGCCCAACUACUCAGAAAUUGUAAAGCAGGACCUGUAUUUGCGUUUUCAAGGUCCAAAUGAACAGUUCACCAGCUUCUACAGAGAUUUAGUGGCAGCUUUUGAGAUUGUGGAACCGGCAAUAUCGGAAUCCGAGAAACUCUUCAUCAUUAAAUCUCACCUAAAUUCCGAUUUCUCGCCAAUAGCUGCAGCUUCUCGAGCAAAUAAAAUUCGUGAUCUAGUUGCCGUUUUCAGGGACUUUGAGGUCUCCAGAUCUUACUCUUUACGAGCUCGUACCCCCUUCACAUCUCGCACUGCUUGGACAAAACCUGAGCCCUCGAUCUUUCAGCGUUCGACCACCAACAGAAUGGACAAUGCAAAUCGUCCAACUUUCAACAGACAGUCAUUUAGUACCGCCCAAGUCAACACGAUGGAAUCAAGUCAAGACAUCGAUGAAGAGCUAGAUUCACUUCGUAUUCAGGAGCGUGAAGUUUUGCAGCAAGACAUGGCAUUUCGGAAUGAAGCGGCAGCAAAUACAGUAGAAGAGGUUAAUGCGGUUCGGAUGCAAAAUAACUGGAGAGAACGAUUAUCCACCAACACAGGCGAAAGCCCGGCUAGAGAAAACAACAACAAUAACAGAGAUCUUGCUUCUGCAAUCGUAUGUUGGCAAUGCGAAAAUUCUGGUCACACCUACCCGAGAUGUCCCAAUCCGAAGCGAUACCUUUUCUGUUACAGUUGCGGCAAAAAAGGAUGCACUACGCGUAACUGCGAUGCUUGCAUCUUGCGUUGGAAGCAAUUGGACACUCAGCAUUCGGGAAACCGGCACUGGGAGAACCCACAAUAAGGGGCGUGAGGUCUCCCGAUAAAGUAAAUACCCCUUUAUUAAACGAUAUUCCAGCCUUCUGUAAAGCAGACUCGAUAAUUAUCGACCCCGACAACAAAGACAAUCGUCCAUAUGCCGUUAUUUCAAUUCUAGGUCGGCAAAUACGUGGACUUCUCGACAGUGGUGCCACAUGCAGUCUCAUUGGAGGAUCCAUUUCAAAAAUUGCAACAGAUUUAGGACUAACUAAAUUUCCGGUCAACGGAGAAGUAAAAACUGCAGAUAAUUCAGCUCAUCCAAUAUCGUUUUUCUCUCAUGUGCCUAUUUCGUAUAACAACAAGAAUAUCACACUACCGAUACUUUUCAUCGAAACAAUGCCACCUAUUCUUAUCUUGGGGAUGGACUUUUGGUCCAAGUUUGGAGUGACACCAACCAUUUGCGGAAUCACCAACAACUUAGAAAGCGAAACAUCGAUCGUUGAAACGUUAUCCAAGCAAGAUAAGGAGAAGCUGCAGGCAGUAAUUCGGAAAUUUCCAACAUCUCAGAAUCAAGGACAUUUGGGAAGAACAACAUUGUACUACCACAAGAUAGACACUGGAAAUUCACCUCCAUUCAAACAGAAAUACUAUCCAAUGUCCAAGUUUAUCCUGGAUGAUUUGAACAAGGAGGUAGACAGAAUGCUGAAUCUGGGGGUCAUCGAAAACGCCGAUUGCUGCCCAUGGAAUAAUGCCACGGUCGCUGUGAAGAAAAAGGACGGCUCUAUGAGAU